AUGCUUUUCUUCAGCUUCUUCAAGACCCUCGUCGACCACGAAGUCACGGUCGAGCUGAAGAACGACAUCUCAAUCCGUGGCACGCUGAAGUCGGUCGACCAGUUCCUCAACAUCAAGCUCGACGACAUCUCCGUCGUCGAGGAGCUCAAGUACCCGCAUCUGAGCUCUGUCAAGAACGUCUUCAUCCGUGGCAGCGUGGUGCGAUACGUGCAUCUGCCCGGCGCCGCCGUCGACACGGCGCUGCUCGAGGACGCGACGAGGCGGGAGGCGGCGCAGGCGGCCGCUAAGGCGAAGCAGGGUUGA